GCGUAUCCAUCAGGGCGGAGGGUUGACUCUCCUUUACUCUGUUGUUGUGCUGCUGAUCUUGGUUUGUCUGCAGCCACCAUGUCGAGUUUGCGUCGUCUCGAUGCUCCUGGCUGUUGGUGAAAUUUGUUGAGCGCUUGCAGUGACAUGGUUUUGGUUUAUUGCCGUGAGGUGGUGGGUCGAGUCUCAGGUAUUGUUGGGUUGGAAGUGUUCGCGUCUUCAUUGUUGUUGUGCUAGUGAGGUGAGAAGGGUGUUGAUAGUUAGAGCUUCGAUUGCAUGUUGGAGUUAGGAAACCCUGAUACUUAGUGUUAUUGAUUGCGUGGCGUGGAAAUAUUAGUGGGUGCCCUUGUCGUGCGUUGGAGGUGGUAGUAAUGCGGUCGAAAGAGGUUUGUGAGGAGAGUUUGAGAGGGUAGUAGACGAGUUGGGGUUGGAGUAUUUGUCUGUUUGAGGAUGACAAGCGACUCAGAAAAGUUGGGGAGACCCUCAUGGUAGGGCUUGAUGAGGAUGGUCCUGGCCGCAGGUGUUGAUGUGGACGUCAUGAUCAGAGGAGCUUCCUGACAGUCGGUUUCGCAAGCGAGGGUUUCAUUAUUUGGGGAACAAUUGUAUUUCCAAUCGAGGUUUGAGGACGCAUACAAGCGAUGGGGACAGCAGAGGAGACGGUAGUCAUUCCACCCGCCACCUCUAAGGCUCCAAAAACCAGCAGCGCCACUGCCAACACAACUGCCACAAAGUCUCUGAUUCCCCUUGCGUCUCAUGAUCCCGACGCGCAGGCGGGCGCUCAUGGAUACAACGAAUGGCUGGCUGCUUUCCAGGCAUACUACCAGGCGGGAGCUCAGCCACCUGUGGGUGGGUUCCCGCAUCCCUACAUGUGGGGAGGUCAGCCCGUAAUGCCACCAGGCUACAGGGGGCCACACCCUUCCUACGGCGCCAUGUACCCACCAGGAGGAAUGUAUGGACACCCCAUGUACGGGCAGUACGGGACUCCGGCGCCGGAAGCAGCGACUGGCGUGGAGCAGGGAGCAGACGGGAAAACUGAGGCCAAAAGUGGUGAAGGUGCGAAGCUUUCGACUUUGAAAAAAUCUAAGAACGGGAAGGGCGGUCUACAGCCCUCGAAGAAUGCUGAGGCCGGAGGGAAAGGGAAUGGGGUGCCGCAGAACGUAAUCAAUGGUGAACGAGAGCACGACGACGAAACGGGGACUGAUGACGGUGGUUCCACGGAUGCAAGCAGAGAGGAAAAUGCGCAGAACUUGUUGGGAGGCAAGCGGAGUUUCGAGCAGAUGGCGAUGGAGGCCGUGGGAGCGCCGCCGUACAUGCCACCCCCGGGUGCCGUAUCGGGCGCCCCGGCACCUACGGUUGGGACCCCAGGGCCAGGGGGAAGUUUGGACAUGAGCUUGGACUAUUGGACUGCAGGGUCACUCUCGCAGGCGAAGGGAGGGAAGCAGACGUCUGGGAGUCCUUCGACGAGCGCUCCACCAGCAGAACUGUGGCUGACGGACGAGCGAGAGGUGAAAAGGCAGAGGAGGAAGCAGUCUAAUCGGGAGUCUGCGAGAAGAUCUCGACUGAGGAAGCAGGCGGAGUGCGAGGAGUUAGGCAACCGAGUGGAAACGCUCACGGCAGAGAACAUGACCCUGCUGACGGAGUUGAACCGGAUGACGGAAGAGUGCAAGAGAUUGCAGGCGGAGAAUGGCUCUCUGGUGCAGAAGAUCCGCGGCACACCGGUAUCGGAGAUGGGUGGUGCACAUGCUGCUGCUGCAGACGCGGGAGAUGUUGCUCCCGUGGGUGGGGAGAACGAGGCAGUGUUGUCAGCGAAGGAGAUAGAAGAGUCACAGAAUGAUGGGAACGGAAACAUCACGAAGCCGAAAGAGGGGAAGCCUGCAGUUAACGGUGGCUCAGGUACGAAAGUUCAAGAGGAGCAAGCUGCAGCUACAUAGGCUUGGAGGUUCUGGGUCGGAGCUGGCGAAUCGGUGGGGGUUCCAACAAAACGAUUUCGAAUUUUCCCUCUUUCUACACGCCCCUCUAUAAAUCAUGUACAAUUUAACUCUGCACAAACAUUUGAAUUCUUCCACAGAUGGGUGUCCUGUUCGAGGGAUGGUUGGUGACUGGGAGAGGUUAGAGUGAAUAGUUUAUUUCACUGCUGCGCUGGUCCAGCAUUCUUUGAAAGUAGCAGCGAACACUCAAGGUGAUGUUUAGGAUAAUUGGUAGUUGCUUUUGUACAUUUUCACACGUCGCGCAACGGUGGUUUCAUUUUUAUUUAAAUGCAAAUCUGGGUUGGAAGUUA